AAGAUUUCCAUUCAUUCCGAAUUGGUACCCAGCCCAAAGCCCUCACUUCCCCCUGAGACCCUCAGCAUGUCUACAGGACUCCAGUUUAGUAUUCACGGGAAGAGAUGCACUGAUGCUCCCUCGCUAGACCUACAGGCUGCUGGUUGGAGCCAUAAGGGAACGGGAGGAAGAAUUAGCCUGUGUGUUUAUGUGGCUGUGCUCCAGUAAAUAUUUUGAUGCAUCUGCUGCCAGCUCUGGUCUGAGGGAAUCUACCUAGCAUUUAAAUUUUGAUGGGGAGCUGUUUUGAAUAAUAACAGUGCAGCCGGCUGUGAGUCAGUGCAUGUGUGUUGACUUAAAAAAAAAAAAAAAAAAGCCUCAAAGCUUAACGCUUGCUGAACGCUGAGCUGCAGUGCUUUGCUUUUUCCCUCCUCCUUUCUUCUUUUCUUUCUUCUCUUGACUUCCUCUGUUUUGUUUUGUUUUUGGGGGCAUUUCACAUAGAUUUUGUUUACUGGCGGUGGGGGGUUGGGUGAGAAGAAUAAAAAAAAAUCCCAGCCAAAAUAAAUCCUCCCCAAAAACUCACAAGUAGCUUUUGCAAUGGGUGCUGUAAUGGGUACGUUCUCUUCUCUACAAACGAAACAAAGAAGACCAUCAAAAGAUAAAAUUGAAGAUGAAUUAGAAAUGACUACAGUGUGUCAUAGACCUGAAGGACUGGAACAACUUGAAGCACAAACCAAUUUCACUAAAAGAGAACUUCAAGUGCUUUACAGAGGAUUUAAAAAUGAAUGUCCUAGUGGGGUUGUUAAUGAAGAAACAUUCAAACAGAUCUAUGCACAGUUUUUUCCUCAUGGAGAUGCUAGCAUGUAUGCACAUUAUCUCUUUAACGCAUUUGACACUGCACAAAACGGCUCAGUGAAGUUUGAGGAUUUUGUGAUGGCAUUGUCCAUACUGUUGCGGGGAACUGUUCAUGAAAAGCUAAGAUGGACGUUUAAUCUGUACGACAUAAAUAAGGAUGGCUAUAUAAACAAGGAGGAAAUGAUGGAUAUCGUAAAGGCUAUUUAUGAUAUGAUGGGGAAGUACACGUAUCCAGUGCUCAAGGAAGAUGCACCAAGGCAGCAUGUAGAAGUAUUCUUCCAGAAAAUGGAUAAAAACAAAGAUGGUGUUGUAACUUUAGAUGAGUUUAUUGAAUCGUGUCAGGAGGACGACAAUAUCAUGAGAUCCUUACAGCUCUUUGAGAAUGUGAUGUAACCGUGUCUGACGAGCACUGGAGGAGUCAGAGACUUUCUGUGUUACAAAGAUCUCCUUUCUGGGUGAAAGCUUUUUACAAUUCAGCCAUGUUCAGUGUGUGAGGAUUUUGUACGAUGUCUCCAACCAAAUGGCAACCGAAUGCAACCGAUCCCACCUCUUCUCCCCAAAAAACACCGGUGGACCUUUGUUUCGUUUUGGAAGCAUGUGAAUAUUUUAAUAAAUCCUGACAAGAGAGAACUGCUGCUCAAAGUUCAAUGAGUAAUAUACAGCAUUGUUUGCUAGGCACAAGUCCUGCUUUUAAUCUCGCAAGCUUGAUUACAUAUGAUAGCACAUGUUGAUAGCUUACUCAGCCACCUAUUGUAAGUGAAAAAUUCAGUCUAUACUACCAUACGGCAAAUGUUUUAUGAAUGCCUUGCCGUUAAUCUGCUUUGACAAAAGUCAAAUCUACCAGAGCAGCUUGUAAAAAACAAACAGUAAAUGUACCUAGGACAUGAAGCAGACAGCCCGUGUAGCCAGUAUCCCCAUUUCUGCAGAGAUCCCGCUUCUCCUCUCACAUGUGCUGGUGCCACCACACUGAUUUUGGUGGUGUUUUUCCUGAACACAUUAACCAGAGGAUCUUCAUGCCAGGGUGAGCCAGAAAGGAGCAAAACAUGUAUUGCACAUGUAAAUACCAAACUGCAGAACAAAUGCUGUUUGAUGAUGGUAACUACAUGCAGGACCGGGCAGGUUUCUAAGGGCUGGUGCAGGAAGAUGAAUACCUGCUCCAGACCCAGCACGUGGUGGGACACCAAGUGAUUCUCCAGUGUGCAUCUCAGCAGCACCACGGUCAUGUGCUGUGGUCCUUUUGCUGUAGUUUGACACACGCUUCCUAGGUUCAGCAUUUGAAUGUUUGCAUUUUUUCAUUGGACAUUACAGUAAGGUGUUUCCCGCUUUAUGGAUUUAUUUUAGCUUUCCAGUUUUACUUAGUGCAGAAGAGGGCCCAGAUGAUGCAGCUGUGUUUCCACACACGGACCCUGGCACCCACAAAGUGCCCUGUAAGUUUAAUUGGGAGCUACUUAGGUAUUAUUAGUCUCAGAAUCAUCUGCCAGGCCCACAUGUCCCUUUGGGUAGUUUAACAUUUUCUAUAGCAAAAUCUUUUUUCCUACAAGGCAGUUGCAUGACUUGUACAAGUCCCACUUCCUUACUAAUGUCAAAUAGAGCACUGGUUUGGGGAUUUUGUUUUUUUAUUUAGUAAACCGGAAAGAAUUAUGUAGUGAAUUUACACCAAGGUUGGAUUUUGCCCAGUAGAUUGUCAGCUGAGGAACAUGUCAGAGUCUGCUUUGCAGAAGAAUCUUAAGAAAGUUAAUGCAGCGAGUAACGAUGCAGUCUCCAGGCAGCUGAUAGCUGAGAAACAAAGGGAAGGAGGGAACAGCCAGCUCUUCCAGCUGCUCAAACCAGACAGAAAGGGAGAGUCCCUGCCAUAGUGCUACAUCACUCCUGUCCAGUAAGCAUAUAUUUUUAUUAUAUCAGAUACUAUAUUACAAAUACAUGGUUAGCAGUGAAGAUAUAUUUUAAAAAUUAUCUAAGUGGAAGCUUUUUAUAAUGCAAAGUAUAUAGAAUGCCUCGUUUCUGUAGCCCUAUAUUUUAUAAAAAUUUAAUCUAUUAAAGUAUUCCUGAUUAUAGAAGUCUGAUCAGUACUAGUGUAAUGCUGUGCUAAUUCCCCUAGGUGGGACAUUUUCCCCUUUAACUGUGCUCCACCACACACUUCUGUGUAAUCUUAACUUUAUUUCUUUAAGUUGCCCACUUGUCAUCAACAGUACUAUUGAAGUGAGUGAAGUUACAUGUAUACGGGAAUGACACCCUAGUCCAUCCUAUUUAUUGUUUUUUGUAUAAAUACCCUUGAUUAAUUCCUUCCUAGCAGUGAUACAGAGCAUAGCAAUGCCAAUAAUGUGCUGUGAUUCACAGAAGUGAUGCAAUGCUGUGAGAGUAGCCUUGUCCUCCAGUUGUCUGGUAUUGUCUAUUUAGUUUUUAUUUAAUGAGAACCUGAUAAAGACCUCAGUUGUAGCUGAAAUAAUGCAGUGUUUACACUGUUCCUUCUCAAUCCUUCUUACAACCACUUCAGUAAAGGCCAGGAUUUAAUGCAAUGAAUAACCUGCUUUUUUGCCCACACUGAAAGAGCAUCUCUCUGUUAUCAGUCUAAGCAGUUAACUUCAGCUGAGGAAAAAGUGGUCAGGAUAAUGGAAAACAAUCAUUUGCAUUGUGCUAGGACAGUGCCUUUCUCCUCUAACUGAAUUGCUCCAGAUGUGCUCAUGAGAUGGCACAAUACAGCCUGAAAAGUUUUGAGUGUGCCCUUUUCAAAAGAAAACGUUAUUAGCUGCAUGAUCCAGUGGUGCCUGAAGCUAAAUUAAUUUCUGGAGUUACUAUGAUGAAUUUAGGCUCAGCUAUGGUUUUGUGUCUCCACUAGCAGAAGUGCUAUAUGGGUGCCUGCAUCAUAGGGGCUGUAACUGCUGCUUCUUGAGAGUGGCCCCAGUUUGGCAACAUACUUCAAACAUUUGGAUGUUACUCUCAGUACAUGCCUAAGUGCAUUCCUGAAUUCAGGCUACCGUUAGUGACCCUGCAGUUUCAGCAUCUCCUUUUUCAGCUUCCAGGAACAAUGGGGGUGCGUUAGAAAGAGAGGGGGAUGCUGGAAGCUGCACUGGUCCUGAUUCUGCCCUUGAGGCAUAACUGGCUUUGAUUUCGGUCGCACAGGAGCCCCAACCCCACCUGCACAUUCCUGAUGUCCAGCCUUGGGUUGCUACCUCUCUGCUCCACUUGAAGUCCGUAGUAGCUGAGAGAGGAGGAUUUGCAAAGUGACACACAACAGUUGUAUUUUCACACAGCUCUAACUGUAAGUUCUGUCUGUGGCAGUUGUCCCCUUCGCUAAACCAUUGCUGACCCUGUGUUUGUCUCUGAUCCCACUGAUACCAGCAGAGGCCAGUAUGCAGCAGUGCACAGCAGGCCUCUGGGUUUUCCAUGAGCAGCAUAUGUGUACGCGGCAUGUGUGCUCCAGCCGACAGAAGACGGAGAUCCAGUGACUGUGAGAGAAUCCUACUCUGCAUGAAAAUGUCUUUGGGUUUGUUUUUUUUAUGUUUUCAGUGAAUGUUACUUUGUAAUCUUGUAAAGCCUCCCAUCACUCAUAAGUGGGGCUUGCAAUAUUUAUAGCAAAUACUUAUUACUACAGCUUUCUAAAUAAAACAUAGUAUGCUAUUCUAAUCUCAUACCAACAUAAAUCCUACUGCCAGUAUGUGGAAGGUAGUUACUAUGCUGGCUUCUAAGUUACAGUUAGACUAUCUGUCAGUGCUAUCAGCUGUGCAAAUUUUCUCAAAGUUGUGAAUGUUAAAUAAUGUCUGAAUCAUUAGUCUGGCUGUUUCAUUAGUUACAAACGUUAGUCUGCAUCUUCGUGCCAGCAUUUUCUAAAAAAAAGCCUUUCUAACAUGCAUUUUAGGCAACAAUCUGUUGAAGAAUAGGAAUGUGAUUAAUGAUAAUGCAAAAAAAAAAAAAAAAAACAACAAAAAUGUAACGUGCCUGUUACUGUCAAUGUUUGUUUUCCUGUUACUUUGAAUGGAUUGCAAUAUUGUGAGUAAUCACGAGUCAAGCUAUAAACUUGAGGUACGGAUAUCCUAAGGUUCAAGCAUUGUGGGCAGAACUUUGGCAUUGCCUGACUGCAACACACAUUGAGAACAAACAUCUUUGUGUCCAUGUGUGACCUCUGAUAAAAUGGUAGCAAGCGUAACAACCUUUUUUUCUUCUUCAAGGUACUGCCAUGAAAGACCUAAGGAAAUGUGCAAAUAAUAUAAAUUGUGAUAACUAAAGCCAUGUUGAUGGAGCAGUAAUACAUAGCUUCACUCUUACAAAUGCUAUUCUCCAACAGCAAUUUGUAUUAAAUUUUGUUGAAUGGUUUUAAAAAUGUUUGGUUUAAUAAUAAAAAGAAAAUAUCUGUAGGAGGGUGUCCUUUCUUAAGCCCGGUAUGUACAUUUUUCUUAAGGGACACUGUCAGGUUAAAAAUUUACAGUGAAACUUUUAAAAGCAGGAUUCUUAUAAACACAUAACUAUCUGCAUAGGGGCUGUUAAACUGCUGAGCCGUGCUGGGAGCAUAACAUUUACAUACUAAUGAUUUAUUUGCAUCACUGACUCAGGGGUGCUCUUAUGUUUGGUGCAGAUAUGCACCUAACUGAUAGCCUGGCCCCUGUGUAAAUAAGAGUUCAAAAAUGUUCUACCGGCAUCACUGAUAGUAUCUCAGAAUAGUAAAAAUCGAAAGCUUAUAGGCAUGUCUUUUCAGCAUUUUCGCUUAAGUAAAACCAGGAGAACAGGCAAUCAAGGUGAAGAAAAAUGUGAACACUAUUUUAUUUCAGAGAUAAGAAAAAUAAAACAAAACCUCGCAGUGUCCCUUUAGCUCUGGUUUGUUGUAAACAUCCAUUCUGACACAUCGAGAAAUGCAGAAGAAAUUUUACGAGACUAUAUAUAUGUGUGUACAUAUAUAUAUAUAUAUAUAUAUAUAUAUAUAUAUAUAUAUAUAUAUAUAUAUAAAAUGCUAAACUCCAUUUUGUAGGGUAUAAUAUGUCUACCAGCACAUCCCAGGAAAAAGAACAUUCUCCUGCAUACAUGCAGAAAUGUGAAAAUAAAGAUGUCUGUGUGAAA